AUGAAAUCCUUACGUGUAAAAAAAAUAACAGUGAAAAAAGCCAUUGAUUUCAUUGCGGAAUCAUGGGACAAUGUAAGUAACACAACCAUUCAAAACUGUUGGAACAAGACAAAAAUUCUUCCAAACACAAAUGAGGCAAACGUAGAAACCACAGAUCAACAUACCAGAAGUGAUGCUCUAUUGGAAAAUGAGGAAAUCGAAGAAAUAGUUGCAAGAUUACCAGAUGAAAGCUUUUAUGCGCCGGAGACUGCCCAAGCCAUAUCAACGUAUUUACAAAUAAUUGAUGAAUCUAUUGCUACAGAAGAAGUACUCGAUGAUAAGGGAAUCACCAUUGUUCGCUAUGAAGAACAGGAAAGUUCAGAGUCAAAUCUCUCUCUUGAAGAAUUAGGAUUUUUAAGAAAACUACUCAGGGAAUAUAAACGUGUAUAUGAAAAGUCAAAGAAACAAACCAAAAUUACUAGUUUUUUUAACUUUCAAGACUCACGUUCCUAUUCUCAAGAUUCACCCUUUCAAGACCAAUAUUCUCAAGAUCAAGAUUCACAUUUUCAAGAUCCGUAUUAUCAAGAUACAUAUUCUCAAGAUAUGUAUUCUCAAGGCUCAUAUUCCCAAGAUUCGGAUUCACAAGAAUUAUAUUCGCAAGAUUC